AUGCCCUUCACACGAGGUAGCAUCUCGCAGCACUUAACAGUGGCAGAGCUUUACGCGAGCCAGAGAGUGAUGGGAGAUGACCGUAGGCCAAAGAGGUCAAAGAUUAAGUCUUCAGGUGACACAGUUUGUCUUUCGGGAAUCGACAUGAUAGAAGGGACACCAGUCUUGGACAUUAAGCCAUAUAUUCCAGACUAUGAUACACCUAGAUGUGAUGCCUCCAGUGAUGGAAAAGACAGUCAGUUCAAUAAAGAUAUCGUGCUAGAUGAGCAGUUCCAAACUGUUACAAAUCCAGUAACUGGAGAAUAUAUUGAUGAGGGGCAGGUGGACACCAACGGGACUUCAGAGGUUGGAGGUGGAUGUUUUGCUGAAUUGGGCCCAAACCCUCCUAUAUAUGGGACACACUCAAUAACAAACAGAAGCGGUGAAGUUCUUCAUGGAGAAGAUCAACACCUCACCAAAGUUGAAGAGAUCCCUUUAGGAUGUGAGCUAAAGUGUGAGAAAGAUAAUCAGUUUGCUGCUACAAAGGAGGCAGGUGUUGACCAAAGCUUCUUCCUAACUGUGGAGAAGAUCAGGCACCAGCUAAUCCACAGUGAUAUUGCGACCGAAUCCACUGACAGAGGCAAAGUUAUCAGCAUGGAGUUGAAGGAUGCAGGCACUACCAUGUACCAUCAGUAUCAGCACCAGCCCAAGACAUCGAGUUCUGCUGGUCAGGACUUGGGUAAUGAGCCGUGUAUCAGUACUGUCGCAGCAUGGGUAAAGGAAUCUCCCGUGUCUUCAUUAGACGUUCGAUUCACCCCUUAUGCUGAAAAGGAUCUGGAGCAGUUCCAGGCUCCUGACAAAGCAGGUACAGUGAUCCCGGUUAAAACGUCAUUGAAACAUUUCCAAUCUAUAGAGGAAGCAAGAUCUGCCAUCAUGGCAGUACUGUCAGCUGAUCCACGCUCUGUGUACCGUAGAAAACAGUGCCAGGAUCAACUCUUUUACUUCACCUUGGACUCUGCCCAUAUCACAUGCUGGUUCGGAGAUGCCUUUGCUGAGAUUUUGAGGAUAAAACCAGUGAAAGAGAAAAAGUUUUGUAACGGAAUAGAAAUUCUGAAUACAAUUUUUUUUUUGUGAAUUUUGCAAAGCUACUUGGCUACAUUUGUUUAUAUAUCCUUUUCUAGACAGUUGAACCACAUUAACAGUAGUAUAAUCAGCAGUGACAUACCUACAAAUCCCACACUUCUACAGGAACUGUGCCUGCAGAGUUUUAAAACAAAGUUUAAAUCUGAGUAUAUAAACCAAAUAGAAUGAUUUUAAUCCUUAUUGUUCUUAUUUUGGAAUAUUGAACAGCAAUGCCACACAGUGUCUACACAGUGUCUACACAGCAUCAGCCUCCAUGGCUGCACACUCAACCUCACUAACCCAGUCAGGAUCCUGGGUGUCUUGCUUGACCCUGAACUGUCCUUUCUCCCCCACACCUGCACCA